UGGACGAAAAGCUGAUGGCGCAGUCAUCGAUGGCAAUGUUGCUGAUAGUUGCGGCCCACAUUCGAAUUUCUUGGAGUUCUUGCCUUCAGGAGGCUAUACCCCUCGAGCGGCGCAAGAAUUUGAUCCGAAAUGGGACUAGCCAGCCUUUAGGCAUAUGGAACGUUUAUGGUCAGAAGUUUCAAGUUGAUACUCCCGUUGCGGUCUUCCAAAUCUUGGUGGAAGAAGUGCUUGGCUACAAUGUCUUUGUAGAUUCACGAGGCACUGGCAACAUGGCACAUGCGUUUUAUGCGCUGGCUGGGUGUGAACAGCCCGAAAAUGCACAAAAUCAGAGUUGCACCGGAAGACCAACCAAACACCAUGUCUCUAUGGCCUUACAUCUCAGUAACAAUAUCUCUGCACGGCAUUUCGACAAGGUGCAAAGGAUGAAGAUGGGUGGAAUGUUGGAAGAUCUGGGGAGCGUGGGCUUUGUAAGUCAAAGUGGGAUCCAAAUCAGCAGCUCGACCUUGCAAAGAGGUCGUGAAUCUUCAGACCCGCUUUUCUUGGAUGAUUUUCGGAGCUACGACUCAAGAUUCCACAGUCCUGAACGAUUCUUUCAAGAUUUCCGUGACAUUGACAAGAACUUGCUACUUCCUUGCAGGGCCUGGGACACGGAUCCUGAGAUGCCAUUCUACUUCAAUGCUACUGGAGAUGCUGAAGGUUUCAACGUGAAUUUCAGCCGGGCUGAAUGCUUCGGGGGCGGAGACGGCAGAUGGUGGUUGGCCCCAAGUUGCCGAUCAAAUCGCCGAUGCCUUCCUUGCAUCACAGGCAGUAGUGAUGGCAAGUGGGCAAUCUAUCCAGUGGAAAUUAUGCAGAAGGCAGCCAUUUGGCGCAUGCCCCUGGCACUGGGAGUGGCUCACUACAACGGAUCUUCGGCUUUCAAAGAGUUGGUGAUGACGUACAGAGAUGUUCUCUUCAUGUUCUGGGCGCCAUCCGUGGAAUUCAUUGAGAUCUCCCCAGUGUUCGUGCGCUUUCCCAAUUUCAACUUCACACAGUGGUAUAAUGGAAUCAUGGCUUCCACCAGGCAGGGAGAGUAUCCCAGACAUGUCGUAAGCAACGAACUGAUGGCAAUGGCGCCAGAUGCGCGGGUCAUGCUUCAACGAAUGAAGCUGUCUUCGGAGGAUCUGAAUCGAAUGAUGCUUCGGAGCUAUUCGCUCUAUGCCAUGGACCCUUGCUUCAGCUGUGCGGCCUGGAACGGGGCCUGCGCCUGGUUAGAGAACAACCGAAACGUUUGGAUGCCUUGGAUUCCACAGAAGACAGCUUGUUUCGCCGGACAAGGGAUGUAUGAUGCUCCUCAGCUUCAAAACUUAGAGAUCCGUGUGGAUUUCGGCUACCCAUGA